AUGUUUAAUUAUAAUCUAAAGAUAAUACUAUUUUUAACCUUAAAAUUGACAUUGCAUAAAUUAGAAAUUUUUAGGAUCUAUUAAGAAUUAAUAAGAUAAUGGUUGACUACAGAAGAUAAAUAAAAAUUAUUUGAAGAUAAUGAAUUUUCAUUAAAUCAUUUAGAAAUUAAAAAUGGUUAGAUUAAGUUGUUAAAGAUUUGGGGCCAUAAUUGUUAUACAAAGCAGUAUUUUAUGUUGAAUAUCUUUGACCAAUUAUAAUGUUCUAUUUGUUUCAUAAAUUUGGUAAUUAGGAGAAUUAAACAUUUUUAGUUUUAAAAAGAGAUCUGUAGGGAUUAUUUUGCUUAAAAAAAAAACAACGAUUGA